CUGUAGGUUUAUUGCGUCUCCUCCUCCUGCAGCGCUCUGGGUGUUUCCUGGUCUCACUUUCACCAGGAUCCAGGCUCAGAUCAUUUUCUUCGUGUCAAGCUCCCUCUGAAGGUGAAGGACAAAGUGUGAGCUGAUGUGAAUCCAGCAGCAUGGACCAGAGUGAAGCUCAGAGCCUUCAGCCCCUCAGACCUGGCCAUGUGGUCUCUGAGGACCAGCCUGAACCUCCACUGGUGGGCAAUGAAGCCGUCAUUUCAGCAGAGGAGUUGGUUGCCAAAAUGAGGCCCGAGUUUGUGGAAAGGUUGUCGCCAGAAGUCCUUACACAGCUCCUGGAAACCCUCGUAGCAGACGGUGUCUUGACUGAGUUGGAGAAAGAAUCGAUAUCUGAGAAGAACCUAGUCAGAGCAGACAAGGUACGCCACUUCAUUGACACUGUGAAGAGAAAGGGAGAGGAGGCCUGCAAAAAGUUGAUCCGACAUCUUCAGUCCAAAGAUCCCGCUCUUUCCCAUCAGCUGCGUUUGUCGUCUGUUCAACCUGCUCAGAAAGAUGCUCUUGACAGGUGUCAACAUAAACUUAAAGCUGCUCUGAAGGAGAAGUUCCAGUGUGUGUUUGAGGGGAUUGCUAAAGCUGGAAACUCAACCCUUCUGAAUGAGAUCUACACAGAGCUCUACAUCACAGAGGGAGGGACUGCAGAGGUCAAUGAUGAACAUGAGGUCAGACAGAUUGAAACAGCAUCCAGGAAACCACACAGACCAGAAACAAGCAUCAGACAAGAAGACCUCUUUAAAGCCUCACCUGGAAGACAUAAACCAAUCAGAAGAGUGAUGACAAAGGGAGUGGCUGGCAUUGGGAAAACAGUCUUAACACAGAAGUUCACUCUGGACUGGGCUGAAGACAAAGCCAACCAGGAUAUCCUCUUUAUAUUUCCAUUGACUUUCAGAGAGCUGAAUGUGGUGAAAGAGGAAAAGUUCAGCUUGGUGGAACUUGUUCAUCACUUCUUCACUGAAACCAAAGAAGCAGGAAUCUGCAGCUUUGAUGACUUCCAGGUUGUGUUCAUCUUUGACGGUCUGGAUGAGUGUCGACCUCCUCUGGACUUCCACAACACUAAGAUCAAGACUGAUGUUACAGAGUCCACCUCAGUGGAUGUGCUGCUGACAAACCUCAUCAGGGGGAAACUGCUUCCCUCUGCUCGCCUCUGGAUAACCACACGACCUGCAGCAGCCAAUCAGAUCCCUCCUGAGUGUGUUGACAUGGUGACAGAGGUCAGAGGUUUCACUGACCCCCAGAAGGAGGAGUACUUCAGGAAGAGGUUCAGAGAUGAGGAGCAGGCCAGCAGGAUCAUCUCCCACAUCAAGACAUCACGAAGCCUCCACAUCAUGUGUCACAUCCCAGUCUUCUGCUGGAUCACUGCUACAGUUCUGGAGGAUGUGUUGGAAACCAGAGAGGGAGGAGAGCUGCCCAAGACCCUGACUGAGAUGUACAUCCAUUACCUGGUGGUUCAGGCCAAAGUCAAGAAGGUCAAAUAUGAUGGAGGAGCUGAGACAGAUCCACUCUGGAGUCCAGAGAGCAGGAAGAUGAUUGAGUCUCUGGGAAAACUGGCUUUUGAUCAGCUGCAGAAAGGAAACCUGAUCUUCUAUGAAUCAGACAUGACAGAGUGUGGCAUCGAUAUCAGAGCAGCCUCAGUGUACUCAGGAGUGUUCACACAGAUCUUUAAAGAGGAGAGAGGCCUGUACCAGGACAAGGUGUUCUGCUUCGUCCAUCUGAGCGUUCAGGAGUUUCUGGCUGCUCUUCAUGUCCAUCUGACCUUCAUCAACUCUGGAGUCAACCUGAUGAAAGAUCAACAAUCUACAUCUCUGAAGUCUAAACUAUUUAAAAAACGAAAACCUCUCAGUCAGAGUGCUGUGGACAAGGCCUUACAGAGUCCAAAUGGACACCUGGACUUGUUCCUCCGCUUCCUCCUGGGUCUUUCACUGCAGACCAAUCAGACUCUCCUACGAGGCCUGCUGACACAGACAGGAAGUAGCUCACAGACCAAUCAGGAAACAGUCCAGUACAUCAAGGAGAAGAUCAGUGAGAAUGUGUCUGCAGAGAGAAGCAUCAAUCUGUUCCACUGUCUGAAUGAACUGAAUGAUGGUUCUCUAGUGGAGGAGAUCCAACAGUCCCUGAGAUCAGGACGUCUCUCCACAGAUAAACUGUCUCCUGCUCAGUGGUCAGCUCUGGGCUUCAUCUUACUGUCAUCGGGAGAAGAUCUGGAUGAGUUCGACCUGAGGAAAUACUCUGAAUCAGAGGAGGCUCUUCUGAGGCUGCUGCCAGUGGUCAAAGCCUCCAACAAAGCUCUACUGAUUGACUGUAACCUGUCAAAGAGAAGCUGUGAAGCUCUGUCUUCAGUUCUCAGCUCCCAGUCCUCUAAUCUGAAACAUCUGGACCUGAGCCUCAACAACCUGAAGGAUUUAGGAGUGAAGCGUCUGUCUGCUGGACUGGAGAGUCCAAACUGUAAACUGGAGACUCUCAGAUUGAGUUCCUGCAGUUUGUCAGACAUCAGCUGUGAUUCUCUGGGACCAGCUCUGAAGUCCAACCCCUCCCAUCUGAAACAUCUGGACUUGAGUUACAACAACCUGAAGGAUUCAGGAGUGAAGCAGCUGUGUGGUUUUCUGGAGAGUCAAGACUGUAGACUGGAG